CAGUCAGACACAGGGACAGUCAGACACAGGGACAGUCAGACAGAGGGUCAGUCAGACACAGGGACAGUCAGACAGAGGGCAACAAGGAGGGCACAAGAGGCACCAGUGGGGGCACCUGCCUGUAGCACCCAUGUCUCCAUCUCGUCUGUGCUGUUUGCUCCUACUCACUCUCGCAGUGCUUGGGAAGAGAGAUAAUGCAGUAGCGGAAGAUGUAACUUCAGCAUCUGGAAUUCAACAUGUAAACCAAACAAUUGAUGGAAAGGAGACAGAACAACCAAAAGGAUCAGAAGGGAAAGAUAUGUCAUCAGCAACAACUGGAAACCAAUACUGGAGCCAAACAGUCAAUGUAAAAGACAUGGAGCGAUCAGGGAUGUCACAAGGAACAGAGAGAGACCCUGUCAGUGCAGAGACUCCGUCUGCUACAGAGAUACCAGCCCAGUGUUCCCUGUCACAGAUAAAUGGAAUAUACAGGGGAGUCAAGGAACUUUAUGUCCCAGAGGAAUCAGUGACAGUGUGGUGUAUGGAGGGAUAUUACCCUAUAGCAAAGACAAUAAAAUGUAUGAGGAAUGGGACGAGCACCACGUGGGAUAAUCAUGUUCCCUGUACAGAGCAAUGUAAGAAAUCUCUUCUCCGCAUGGAUCCAAAUGUGCAGCUUGUUCCUGAUAAUGAUUAUUAUUUGCCCAAUACUGAGGUGUCUGUGAGCUGUAAAGAAGGAUAUAAAGCUUCACCCAACACAAUAACAUGUAAAUCUGAACAUGAUAAGUCUGUGUGGGAUGUAACAGACAUUCAAUGUGUGGCCCAGUGUCCCCUGUCACAGAUAAAUGGAACAAACAGGACUGAGGGAGACAAGGAAUAUUAUGACCCAGAGGAAUCAGUGACAGUGUGGUGUAUGCAGGGAUAUUACCCUAAGGACAAGACAAUUACAGUAAAAUGUAUGAGGAAUGGGCCGAGCACCACGUGGGAUAAUCGUGUUCCCUGUACAGAGCAAUGUAAGAAAUCUCUUCUCCGCAUGGAUCCAAAUGUGCAGCUUGUUCCUGAUAAAGAUUAUUAUUGGCCCAAUACUGAGGUGUCUGUGAGCUGUAAAGAAGGAUAUAAAGCUUCACCCAACACAAUAACAUGUAAAUCUGAACAUGAGAAGUCUGUGUGGGAUGUAACAGACAUUCAAUGUGUGGAACAAUGUGCAAAGCCGACAGGAUCAGGAAUCAAUUCAUUUUCUCUGAACAAAGAUUUCUAUGAUCGUGGUGAAUCUGUAACAGUGACCUGUGCCUGGGGGUAUCAGUCUGUAUCUCAGACAAUUAGAUGUAGGAAGAAUGGAACUCACAGUUACUGGAAUGUGUCGGAUCCCUGUAUUGAACAAUGUGCAAAGCCAACAGGACCAGGAAUCAAUUCAUUUUCUCUGAACAAAGAUUUCUAUGAUCGUGGGGAAUCUGUAACAGUGACCUGUGCCCGGGGGUAUCAGUCUGUAUCUCAGCCAAUUAGAUGUAGGAAGAAUGGAACCCACAGUUACUGGAAUGUGUCGGAUCCCUGUAUUGAAAAAUGUGCAAAGCCAACAGGACCAGGAAUCAAUUCAUUUUCUCUGAACAAAGAUUUCUAUGAUCGUGAGGAACCUGUAACAGUGACUUGUGCCCCCAGAUAUCAGUCUCUGUCUCAGACAAUUAGAUGUAAGAACAAUGGAACCCACAGUUACUGGAAUGUGUUGGAUCCCUGUAUUGCUUUCAAGGUAACUGCAAGUGUCACUCCCACCAACAUCUCCCUCCAAUGGGAAUGUGAGCCUGGGCCCUGCCAAUCAUACUGGGACAUCAGUGUCUCCUAUUGGCCAAAGGGGAAAAGGAAAGAAGAGAAAGAGAUACAGAAAAUUAUAAAGGGAGUGACAAUCAGUGAGUUACAGUCGUACACUGAGUAUAACAUCAUUAUCUGGGGGUACAGAGGAGAGAAACGGACAGAACUGGAGAGAAGAACCAUCAAGACAGAGGAAUCAGCUCCUGGGAAACCAAAUUUCACUCAGUAUCCGAGUAUUAAUGAUAUUAAUACACUAAAAUGGAGACUGUCAGAGACACAUGGAGUCCUUACUAAAUAUCAGCUGAACAUCUCGGCCCAUAGAGAAUACAACAUUUCCUUCCAUGAAACACAAUCUCAUUGGCUGCGACCCAACGUGUCUGAGUUUAAUGUGACGCUCAAACAUGGAACCAACUACAAUGUGACUCUCCAAGGCUUCACUUCAGCUGGACCUGGGGAACCUGCAGUCUGGACUCAUGAGACUCCUAUAGCAGAACCUCUGGAGCCCCAAAAGAAUGAGAUAACAUUAGACAAACAGACGGCCAAGUUUAUUCUUCAUCCUGUUCCCAAUCAGCACGGACCAAUCAGUUCCUAUGAGAUAAUCAUUGGCACAGACUGGAAUGGGAAUAUAAGCCAAUCAUGCACCAGUUACAACAGCACCAGAUACAACUCCAGCCAUAGUCUGUACACGGCACUGCUACUCCCAGCUGAGAAUGUUACACAGAGUAGGAACCUGAUCCUCGGGGAUGGACUGCACUAUGGCAGCUUCUACAAUGCUCCUCUGAGCCCAGAUCAGAAUUACACAGUGUAUGUGAGAGUCACCAGCACAUGGAAGAAGGUGAAUAAAUCGUCCUGCACCAGAUUUCAGUCCUUCCUCAUUGCAGGAACUCUGCCCCUCCCACCUGCACUGAUUGGUGGACUUGCAGGGGCCGGGGCCCUCCUGCUGCUCCUGGUGGCCCUGCUGGUCUUCUGCAAACUGGGAUUGGUCAGAUCUGCUAAGUGUCAGUCUCCUUUUGGCAAAUCCAAUGGGAUCCCAAUGAGCAAAAGGAAUGAUCAGGGGAAGAAGAAGAGAGACAUCCCAGUCAAUGAUCUACUUGAGGUUGUAAAAAGGUUUCGGAGUGAGGAGCUGUUAGUUAGUGAAGAGGGUGACGAGGAGAAUUCCAACAUGUUGCCUGUGGGGCGCCCCAAAGAAUUCAAGGAACUGCCCUCGGGCCCCUUGUACCCCUGUGCCACUGCCUCGUCUGAGCAGAACAAAACUAAGAACCGAUACAAAAAGGUUAUCCCUUAUGAUAACUCCCGUGUGAUUCUGCGCUCAAACCCCUCAGGGUGGGAUUAUAUCAAUGCCUCGUACAUAGAUGGUUACAAAGACCCCAAAUUCUUCAUAGCUACCCAAGGUCCCCUCCCAGAGACGUUGGCAGAUUUCUGGCACAUGGUUUGGCAGGAGAAGAGCUCGGUCAUUGUGAUGCUGACGGGUUUAGAGGAGCAGAACAAGGUGAAAUGUGAGCGUUAUUGGCCAGAAGAGAUCCAGACAUAUGGAGACAUCAGAGUUUCAGUAGAAAGUACGACCCAGACAGGAGCCUUCGUUACCCGCAGCUUCACCCUACAGAAGGUGGGAGGCUCAGCCCAGAGGACAGUAGAACAACUGCAUUACCUGCAAUGGCCGGACCAUGGAGUUCCCAGUAAGUCAGCUGGGCUUCUGCAACUGAUAGAACAGAUGAACAAGUGCAAGCUUCCUGGGUCAGGCCCAGUUAUAGUGCAUUGCAGUGCAGGGAUUGGUCGGACGGGCACGCUGCUGGCGCUAGACAUUCUGCUGAAGAGGGCACGGGCAGAGGGCAAGGUGAAUGUGUAUGACUGUACCUUCCAGAUGCGCAGGAGACGCCUCAAUAUGGUACAGAACCAGGGCCAGUACCUGUUCCUCUAUGACGUGUUGCUGGAGACAAUUGUGUGUGGUUCCACCAGUCUGCCAAUAGAGGGAGUCCUGACUCACAUGCGCCAGAUGCACACGCUGGAUCCUCUAACCAACACAUCCGGCUUCACCAGGGAAUUCCAGGCAGUGGAGAAACUAACAGAACUGUAUAGAAUCUGCUCGUACAGAGAAGCCCAAAAACGUGAGAAUCACUGCAAGAAUCUUCAUCCCGACAUCAUUCCAGAUGAUCACUCUCGUCCAAUCCUAAUGUCUGUGAUGGACCAACAUGGCGCCCCUGGUUACAUCAAUGCUGUGUUUAUAAAUUCCAACAGCCAAGAGGAUCUGUUCAUUGUCACUCAGCUGCCCAAAUGGGAGACUGUGUCGGAUCUCUGGUCCCUGGUGUGGGAUUACAGAUGCACCUCCAUCAUUGUGAUGCACCCGGCGCAGGACAUACGGGAGCUUUGCCCUCACUUCUGGCCUGAGUCUGGGGAAUCAACUUACAGCAACUUCCGGGUCAAGAAGAUUUCCAACCUGAGAGACAGCGGCUUCUCUGGGGCGACACUUCACUUGCAGCAUAAGAAAGAGCCCAACCUUGAGGUGCAGCUCUGGCAUCUGGACUCUUGGCCUAAGAAUAAAGCUGUUCCACAGAACCCGGGGGCCAUCAUUAGCCUCAUUGGCAAAGUGGAGCGUCUGCAGCAGCAGGACAAAGAGACUCAUGUACUCGUGAUGUGUGGUGACGGGGCGACUCGGUCAGGUAUUGUCUGUGCUGCAAGUGUUAUAUGUGACCAGAUCCGAAGUGAUGGAUUCCUGGAUGUCUCCCAAUCAGUGAGAUCCCUCAAGAAACGGAGGAGACAACUCAUUCCUAAUGUAGAUCAGUACUCGUUCUGUUACUCACUGGCUAAGACUUAUUUGGAUUCCUUCGAGACAUAUGGGAAUUUCCAGUAGAAUUCCGGAGCUGUUGGAUUUGGGUCAUUAUUGGGGUCCCCCGAGCUGCACUGCUGAUAUUCAGUUCUGUAUAUAUGAAAUGUUCUUUAUAUUUCUGACCAAUAAACAUAAAUAUUUCAUGGAAUGAAGACAUUAAAUGAUAAUAAAGUUAUUUUAUGGAUUUAAUUAUAAGACAUUGUUGUAAAAGGGUUUAACCAA